AUGUUUCUCCAUUACCAGGUGCAAAGCUGGGGUGAAACUGAUCCACAUGCCUGCUUCCAGCUGCAAAAACAAGCUAAGAAAUGCAAGGCAAAUGAAACUUCCAACAAUUGCCAGUUUUGCUUAGACAUGUUGCAAUCUAUUGACAACAGUAUAGGUCAAGAAGCCAAGACCACAAGAGAUCAAUCAAAAUCAGAAGGCGAGUUAAAUGUAGAUGCCAUAGCUGAUACAGCUUCAGGAAAGGAAGAGAUUUCAACCCAUUCUAGUAAAUCUAACUGUUGUCCUACAACAUAUGGCAUUAAAAUGGAAAUACGUAACAAUUACACUGUUCAAACAUUCCAAGGUGAAACCUGCCAAUAAAAAGAACACUGUAUGCGGAACCUGGAAGAUGUGAAAAAUCCAGACGCUGUAAGGCAUAAAGAGGUUAAUGUGCUUGAUCCAAAUGGCUCUGAAUCUUUGACUUUAAGUCUUCCACCUGUGAAGGAUGCCACUCCCAAGGAUACUUCAAACCCUUCCUGGAAGAAUACAAAAGCCAUUAUCUCUCAGAAGAUGCUCAAUGGUACUUCAGCUGAGAUUGCUUCCUGUAGCAAUGCUAGAGCAACAGAGCAGAAGGGUGAAAGGGGAGCUGACAUCGUGAAUGAUAAAGUGAGGGCACAAAAAAUAGAAAUUCAUGGAUCAUCGUUUAUCUCAAGCCACAAAGUCUCACUCCUGCAAGAAGGUCCUGAGCCAUUAUACUGGCACUGUGCUCUUACAUCAGGCAAAAGUAUUGCAACUGUUUAUAAUCCUAUUGCUUUUAAAAAGAACAGCCAUCAUGCCUGUAUGCAGAUUCCACAUACAAACCAAAAACAAUACACAAAACAUGAUGACAUCCAGGGCUCUUUAACCGGUAAUGUCAGGAACAGGUAUGUUGAGGUCAAGGAAGGAAAUGAAUAA